AUGUGGGCACUCCUCCAUGCAGCAGCAGUCUCGAGGUCCUUUCGCCAGGCCCUCCUGCCCGUCCUCUGGUACACAUGCGACAUGUCCCCGCUUGAGAGCAACGUGCCCUUCGAGGUCUUUGUCCGAUACAGCUACCACUUUCGCAUCCUCUACCAGACCCUCCCCCUCGCACCCAGUCCUCUGCCCUGUACGCGUUUGCUGGACCUGACCAUCUCUGGCUGCGAUCCCGAAACACGUCAAUUGGUUCGCAACAACACUCAACUACGACGACUGCGUUGGAGCGGACCAACGGCCUACUGCCUCGAUGAUAUCCCCUUUCUGGAGAAGGACAUGGUCGAGGGGUUGACUGCUCUCGAGAGCCUUCACCUGUCAGAAUGGGAUCUGGGACGAAGACGGGCAUUGAUUCCCUUGUUAAUGUCUGUGCAAUCCACCCUAAGGACUUUGUCCCUCGAUGCUGUCAGCGGAGGAGUCGACUCGACCAAUCACAUCGAUACACCGCCACCACCAUCCGAUAACGCAUUCUCAACGGACACAACAUCAACAGCAACAACAGCAGCAACCUUACCAUCUCCACAUCUUCGUCUCCGAGACCUCACGCUGCACCUCCAAUACACGCAAUCAAAGUUUCUCCUCAACCUGGUCUGUCUCUGUCCCGAGCUCGAAACGCUCACCCUCGUUGCCGCCUAUGAAGCAAACAUCGGAAUCCUGUGCGACAACCUCAAAAAGUACUGCCCUAGACUCCAAACCCUCAAAAUCGAUGGACUUUAUUUCGGACUGUUCGACACCUACCGCGUCCUGCCAGAUCAACAGCUUGCUGCUCUGAUCCUCAGCACCCUGAGGGACGAUGACUGCGACACACGACGGGAUAUCUGGGACAGAACCAACGACAUGAAACAAUGGGAGGAUUUCGAGAACUACGACAAGAACCCUUGGAGCGAUGAUUCACAGCAACAGGGACUGGUCCAUUUCAUGGCGGAUAUCCAUGGAUUUGAGCCACACCUUACUGAGGCUCUCAUGCAGUGCGGAAACACCUUAAAGUCAUUACGCCUUUCCAUUCGUCACGACCAUUCGGAACACGACAAUGAUGACAACGAUCUCGCAAACGCCGACGCCAAUGAUGGAUUCUCGACAACGCACAAGCGGACGGAUCUUGUCAGGGACCAGUUACAGCUCAGUCGGAUUUUGAAGGCGUGUCCACAUCUGGAAAGGGUGACAUUACUGUACGAGGACACAGUUUUACCUGACCCAUUGCUGUUUGGUGUCAAGGACUUAGACGUACACGCUGGAGGUCAGGAAGGAGGUCCAGUGGUCAUAGUCAAUGUCACCGAGUCUGAAUUUGUUCCAAUGCUCCAUUGA